AUGUCUGCCAAGGCCAUCUCGGAGCAGACGGGGAAGGAGUUCCUGUACAAGUACAUCUGCACCUCGGCGGCUGUGCAGAAUCGCUUCCGCUACGCUAACGUGACGGCCGAGACCGACUGGGACCGUCUGACACAGGAGCAUCCAUGGCUGCUGACAGAGCCUUUGGUGGUGAAGCCAGAUCAGCUGAUCAAGAGACGCGGGAAGCUCAACCUGGUGGGCAUCAACCUGGACCUGCAGGGGGUCCAGGAUUGGCUCAAGACACGCCUGAUGAAAGAGACCACAGUGGGAAAGGCAAAAGGCGUGCUGAAGAAUUUCCUCAUCGAGCCGUUUGUCCCGCAUGCUCAGGAGGAAGAGUUCUACGUGUGUAUCUACGCCACUCGUGAGGGCGACCAUGUGCUCUUCCAUCAUGAGGGAGGGGUGGAGGUGGGGGACGUGGACGCCAAGGCGCAGAGGCUAAUGGUCGCGGUGGAUGACAAACUGAGCGAGAGCCAAGUCACCGAGCAGCUCCUCACACACGUUCCGGACGACAAGAAAGAAAUCCUGGCCAGUUUUAUCGUGGGACUGUUCAACCUAUACGAAGACCUCUACUUCACCUACCUGGAGAUCAACCCUCUCGUCGUCACAGCAGGUGGAGUCUACAUCCUCGACAUGGCAGCCAAGAUUGAUGCCACAGCGGAUUACAUCUGCAAGCCCAAAUGGGGUGACGUGGAGUUCCCUCCACCCUUUGGCAGAGAAGCAUAUCCAGAGGAGGCCUACAUCGCAGAUUUGGAUGCAAAGAGCGGUGCGAGCCUGAAGCUGACCCUGCUGAACCCCCGGGGCAGGAUCUGGACCAUGGUCGCUGGGGGAGGGGCUUCAGUCGUCUACAGCGACACCAUCUGUGACCUCGGCGGAGUGGACGAGCUGGCGAAUUACGGCGAGUACUCCGGAGCGCCGAGCGAGCAGCAGACCUACGACUAUGCAAAAACCAUCCUCUCCCUCAUGACCCGUGAAAAACAUCCUCUUGGGAAAGUGUUGAUCAUCGGAGGAAGUAUUGCCAACUUCACCAACGUAGCCGCCACGUUCAAGGGCAUUGUCAGGGCCAUCAAGGACUACCAGAGUCCUCUGAAGGAGCACGAGGUCACCAUCUUCGUUCGACGCGGCGGGCCGAAUUACCAGGAAGGGCUGAGGGUGAUGGGGGAAGUAGGGAAGACCACUGGUAUUCCCAUCCACGUGUUCGGUACAGAGACUCACAUGACCGCCAUCGUGGGAAUGGCUCUGGGUCACCGGCCGAUUCCCAACCAGCCCCCGAUGGCUGUGCACACUGCCAACUUCCUCCUCAAUGCCAGUAACAGUGCAAUGACCCCAGCCGCAACGAGAACCGCUUCAUUCUCUGAGCCCCGGACGUCCAACGAUGUGACUCCGGCCAAAAAGUCGAAAGCAGGCGUUCCGGCAGACUCUCUCCAUUCUUUACUGUGGCCUCUGAAGAAUGUGGUCACAUGCGAUUGGAAAGAAGCUCAGGCCUCUUCAGGCUGCAGCGGAGCCAAACCAACCACCCUCUUCAGAAAGGACACCAAGGCCAUCGUCUGGGGCAUGCAGACACGUGCGGUGCAAGGCAUGAUGGACUUUGACUACGUCUGCUCCCGGGAUGAACCCUCUGUGGCAGCUAUGGUCUACCCCUUCACUGGAGACCACAAGCAGAAGUUCUACUGGGGCCACAAAGAGAUCCUGCUGCCGGUCUAUAAGAACAUGGCCGACGCCAUGAAGAAGCACCCAGAGGUGGACGUCCUGAUCAGCUUCGCCUCGCUGCGCUCAGCUUUUGACAGCACCCUGGAGGUCAUGCAGUACCCUCAGAUUCACACGAUUGCCAUCAUAGCUGAGGGAAUUCCUGAAGCUCUGACGAGGAAGAUGAUCAAGAUGGCUGAUGAAAAAGGAGUCACGAUCAUUGGUCCUGCCACGGUGGGGGGCAUCAAGCCGGGCUGCUUCAAGAUCGGGAACACAGGAGGCAUGCUGGACAACAUCCUGGCCUCUAAACUGUACCGACCCGGCAGCGUGGCCUACGUGUCGCGCUCCGGGGGCAUGUCCAACGAGCUGAACAACAUCAUCUCACGCACGACGGACGGCGUCUAUGAAGGAGUCGCCAUCGGAGGAGACAGAUAUCCAGGCUCCACUUUCAUGGAUCAUGUCCUGCGUUACCAGGACACUCCAGGGAUUAAGAUGAUGGUCGUCUUGGGAGAGAUUGGAGGAACAGAAGAGUACAGGAUCUGCCAGGGCAUUAGAGAGGGCAGGAUAACCAAACCCGUGGUGUGCUGGUGUAUCGGUACCUGUGCCACCAUGUUUGCUUCAGAGGUCCAGUUCGGCCAUGCAGGGGCCUGCGCUAACCAGGCGUCCGAGACGGCAGUGGCCAAGAACCAGGCUCUGAGAGACGCCGGCGUCUACGUACCCAAGAGCUUUGAUGAGCUCGGAGACGUCAUAAAGACUGUUUAUGAUGAACUGGUGGCCAACGGCACCAUCGUUCCUGCUCAGGAGGUGCCGCCCCCAACAGUACCUAUGGAUUAUUCCUGGGCCAGGGAGCUCGGCCUGAUUCGUAAGCCGGCUUCAUUCAUGACGAGCAUCUGCGACGAGCGAGGUCAGGAGCUCAUCUACGCCGGCAUGCCCAUCACCGAGGUCUUUAAAGAGGAGAUGGGACUGGGAGGAGUGCUGGGCUUGCUGUGGUUCCAGCGCAGGCUGCCCCGUUACGCCUGCCAGUUCAUUGAAAUGUGCCUGAUGGUGACGGCUGAUCACGGGCCGGCGGUCUCUGGUGCUCACAACACAAUCGUGUGCGCUCGCGCCGGCAAAGACCUGAUCUCAAGUCUGACCUCCGGACUGCUCACCAUAGGGGAUCGGUUUGGAGGCGCUCUGGAUGCAGCAGCGAAACAGUUCAGCAAGGCGUUUGACAGCGGCAUGCUGCCCAUGGAGUUUGUCAACAAGAUGAAGAAGGACGGCAAACUGAUCAUGGGCAUUGGCCACAGGGUCAAAUCUAUCAACAAUCCGGACAUGCGGGUGCAGAUCCUGAAGGACUUUGUGAAGCAGCACUUUCCCUCCACCCAGCUGCUCGACUACGCCCUGGAUGUGGAGAAGAUCACCACCUCCAAGAAACCAAACCUGAUUCUGAACGUCGACGGCUUCAUCGGCGUGGCCUUUGUGGAUCUGCUGAGGACCUGUGGGGGCUUCACACGAGACGAAGCCGACGAGUUUGUGGAGAUCGGCGCGCUAAAUGGGAUCUUUGUCCUCGGCCGCAGUAUGGGCUUUAUCGGUCACUACCUGGACCAGAAGAGGCUGAAGCAGGGUCUGUAUCGCCACCCCUGGGACGACAUCUCCUACGUGCUUCCCGAACACAUGUCCAUGUGAAACGCACAUUACACACGUCUGACUUGAUCCGCGCUCCGAGCAGGACGGUUCUGGAGUCUUUUUGAGAUUUCCACUUAAAGGUUUUUCGGUCUAAGUUUUUACGGAGGAAAAAAAGGGGAAGUAUAUUUUUUAGAUUUAGUUUUGAAAAAAGAAAAACAUUUUAAGAGCGCCUGAGGUGUAAUUUAUUCAGCUUUGAACUAGAAGCCAAACCAAUGCAAAACACAGCAAACUGCAGAAGCACAAAUUCAAUCGGUACUAAAAGUCACAUGUAGAA